AUGUCUAUCUUUAAUUCACCGCAUAAGGUAAAACGCCUCGUCCUCGCCGGCGCGGUGACCGCCACCACGAUUGCCGGGACACUCUACGGCGCUGGUAUCAAGACUGAACGGGAGGUUACUCAACACGUACAAAAGACCCGGGAAAUUACGUUCGAUGAGCGAAUCGAAUCUCUCCGAAACACACGCCAAAAUCUCGCUGGGAAGAAAGAGCUUGUCGAAAAGCAGAUGCGUGAUCUAGACGCCAGGAUCGAAGAAAGGAAGCAAAAGGGCGUCGAUAGUAAGAGAGGAUAA